UUAAAUGUUGAUAUUUAUUUAAGAUGUAAUAUUUUAUAUUUUCUUUUAAAUACAGAAAUGAAAAUGGCGUUACUUUAACAUACACACAUUUGCUUGACAUAAUAAAUAAAAUAGAAAAUGCGCUUCCUGAGGUUGACUUCUCUUCAGCCAAUCACCGUCGUUGUUGUGGCCCUGUGACACCUAAUGCUUCCUGACUUUCACCGUCUGCAGGAGCACGUCUCUUUUAAAUGCCUGCAGGUGUGGACGCAAGAGGUAAGGCCUGAAACUAACCACCACAUGUGGAGUCCAAAAAUUUGUGUGACCGAGUAUAUUUUUAUAUUGUUAGUUUAAAGCGUGAGUGUCAUUCACAGUGUGCAGUCCUGCACUAUUUUUCGGGCCAAUAAACGUUAGCGCUGCAUGCAACGCUACAUGUGGUGCUAACGUUAAUUAGCGUUAGCAUGUGGUGCUAACGUUAAUUAGCAUUAGCUUUAAAUGCAACGCUACGCAUGUGAAGCUAACUUUAAUGUUAGUUAGCCUAGCUUAGGUUAAGUCUGCAUGUUUGCAUUUACCUACCGAACUGUUUUUUUUCUUUAAGCGUUCUUUUAAUGAAAAGUUAUCUUUGUGAGCAAUUGAAAUUAUAGUAAGUUAAUGUUAUGUUAAUGCACUCUGCAGAUUUGCCAUUUAAUGAAACUUAGCUGCACAGUGUGUAAGUAAAUAUGCUAUUUGGCACAGUUUAAGUAAAAGUAGAAAAAGUGUCUGUUUGGGAUUUUUUUCACUGGGCUGUAUUGGUACAUUAAAAUGAAAAAGUAAUCCAUGACAAAAGACAGCUGUACAGUGGUCUGUUGAUAGUGAUAUUACUAGUGUAAUGAAAGUUAAACCAGACUAUUUCACUUUAUGUGUUUCUGUUUAUCAUUCCUACAGGCAUUAUCAUUUGACUGCAUGACAAAACAGAAAUGGCCAUGAGGCCGCAAAGGGCAAAAAUAAAACCAAAAGAAGAAGCAAAAUAUUUUGCAUCCCUGGGUAAAGACAAGGAUGGAUUUGAAGUGCAGUUUAUUAAUUCAUACAAAGGUCGAGGAGUGUUCAGCAGGCACUACUUUCAGAAAGGAGAGUUCCUCAUAGAGUAUCGUGGAGAAAUAAUAAGCAAAAAAGAACAUGAAAACCGCCUUAGACUGUACCAUGACGCCCUCAAAGUGUUCAUGUUUGAAUUUCGCCAUGAUGGAAAAAAAUUAUGCAUUGAUGCAGCCAAAGAAGAUAACUCCCUUGGGAGACUGGUGAACGAUGACCACAUCAGUCCAAACAGUAAAAUGAAAACAAUCGCAGUCACUGGAAUACCGCAUCUCUGUUUGUUCGCACUGAAGGAUAUCAAACCAGGAGAAGAGAUAACGUACAACUACGGAGACUCUGACUGGCCUUGGAGGUUAAAGUCUAGCCCAGAGAAGGAGCGGCUCUGCUCUGAGGUUUUGGUCAACCUCAGAGCAGACAAUGCAACACAGAUGACUGCAACGGAGGCAGAUUGCCAAAAUUCUGCUGUGGCCAUGACAUCAGACUGCCUCAGACAAGAUGAACAGGUUUCAGGUGCCACAGUUCUUAAUCAUGCUGCUGGGACCUUAACAUCUGAUUCUUCCUGUGAAAACACUGAACAGACUGCAACGGAGGCAGAUUGCCAAAAUUCUGCUGUGGCCAUGACAUCAGACUGCCUCAGACAAGAUGAACAGGUUUCAGGUGCCACAGUUCUUAAUCAUGCUGCUGGGACCUUAACAUCUGAUUCUUCCUGUGAAAACACUGAACAGACUGCAACGGAGGCAGAUUGCCAAAAUUCUGCUGUGGCCAUGACAUCAGACUGCCUCAGACAAGAUGAACAGGUUUCAGGUGCCACAGUUCUUAAUCAUGCUGCUGGGACCUUAACAUCUGAUUCUUCCUGUGAAAACACUGAACAGACUGCAACGGAGGCAGAUUGCCAAAAUUCUGCUGUGGCCAUGACAUCAGACUGCCUCAGACAAGAUGAACAGGUUUCAGGUGCCACAGUUCUUAAUCAUGCUGCUGGGACCUUAACAUCUGAUUCUUCCUGUGAAAACACUGAACAGGAAUGGAGAGAGCUACACAGCCUGUUGGUGGACCUUCAGAUGCCUCAGAUGACGACUCUGGCCAAGAAGGGACAUCUAAAGAUAACGAGAUGAGAGAACCCAGCAGGAAAAUGAAACGACACAAUAAACAUGCAGCUGAAGUGGAUGAUCCCAGGAGGAAACGAAAACAACAGUCACCAACCGAAGUAGCAGCUGUGAUGAGACACUUCAGAAACCAUAUCAAGAAGGGUAAACUAGCAACGAUGAUUGAAUGCCAGCAGUGCAAGACAGCUGAGCAUCCUGCUGUUACUAGUCGAACUGUGCAAAACAUAAGAGACUUUGUAAGAAACCGUGGUGUGUCCCUAAAAAAGAAAAAUAAUGUAUAGUCACCAUGUGUGUAUGUAGCUUGUGGAAAAACAGCUGAGCUGUGAUAGUUUGUUCACAGGUUUCAGUAAGCAUUCAGAUUAUUUGUGGUCACAAGCAAAUGUUACAUUUCAGUUGAUGAUCAGUACUAUAGAAUGAAAGCCAGUAUGUUAAUAGCCACCAUUUAUUUCUAUUGAUGGCACUGUAUUUGUUUUGUUAGGUUGUAACAAAGAAAAAAAUACAAAACUGAAUAAUCAAACUUUUUUCCUCCUUCAUUGUCUCUGCCUGAUAUAGAUUAUUUACUGGCUGUCCAUUACAAUCUGCGCUUUAAAUGGAUGAAAGCCAUUUCAUAUAAAAAGUGUUUUAAAAUGUCCAAAUUGUGCUCACCAAUUAGGUAAGUCUUAAUACUUUAAAUAACUGUUGAGUUAAACUAUUUGUCCUCAUUAACUGGGUGUGCCCCUUAAUUCACAUUGCCUCCAUGUUUGUGUAUGUGUUAAGCUAAGUCCCACUAAGUUGUUUGACCCCUCAAUACACUUCAGUGACGUGUGUAUGUGUGUGUAUCAACUGUCCUUAUAAAUUGAGCCAGUCCUCAUAAUGUAAAUAUUUUUCAUAGGCGUGGUUUAUUCACCUAAUUAAGCAUGUCCUUACAAAGAUGCAAAAUGUCAGGUUGAAAAAUCUAGAAUUGUUUUGUGUGUAUUUUACUUUUGAAGUGAGAUUUGUGUAGUACUGCUCAAAAUAGAUUUUUUGGCAUCACUCACAUCCUUGGGAAACAAGCGGAAAGGGGUGCCAGCCUAAUACACCAAAAAACCUGUUUCGCCCCAACUGUCCUUACAGUUCACAAUAACCUGUAUGUGUGUGUGUGUGUGUGUGUGUGUGUGUGUGUGUGUGUGUGUGUGUGUGUGUGUGUGUGUGUGUGUGUGUGUGUGUGUGUGUGUGUGUGUGUGUGUGUGUGUGUGUGUGUGUGUGUGUGUGUGUGUGUGUCAGGGUGUGUACAUGAUGCAGCAGGAGUAGGGGCUGCAGUGAGGCCGUCUGGAUGCCCCAUGCCGUUUUAUUUCUCUCAAGUGCGGCCAGAAAGACUUCAUUCCUCUGCAGUUUUCCAUAUGUUAUCCUUAUGCACCUGAAUUCCACUUCAGCUGUGUAUCAGUCAUGCCUCACUCCACCAAACACACACACACACACACUUCGGCCUAUUUGUAAACUGAAAUUUUCAUAGCAAUCAUGCAGCUUUCUUAUCUCUCGGCCAUCAAUUUUUUAUUGCACAUCUAUAAGCCAUGAGAUGUAAGACUCAGCGUCCUGUGAAAACAUUAUUUUCUUUUUGCAUGCAAAAGGCUCAUUUUUAUAUCUAGUGCACUGUGGUUUUGUACGACACAGGUGCUGCCACGGCAGGUUAGAGUAGUUAAAACGGCCAAGUCUUCCUCCAGUAGUGGAGUUUUGCAUUGCAGGAGUCGGGGUCCCACAGGCAGUGCAGUACCUGCCUCCAUCAAUUAUUGAGCUGCUCUUGUCCUGUUAUGGAAAAGGAACAAGAGGAGGCUGAGGGAUGCGUUACUCCAGCAGCUCUUUUGUGCAGAUUUAACUCAUUCAUAUUUAACAGAGUUACAUUUGCAAGGAUAUAAUAAGUGAUGGGAUUUAACCGACAUGUUGUGUUCUCAUCUGUGUAGUUUGUGCUUUUCAUUGUAAGUCAGCCUUUCUGGACCUGCCGGCCUUGUGAUUUAACUGUAAAUACACAAAUAAUAAUGCGUAUUGUGUUCUUUGGACUGUGGUUCUUUCCUCCUGCAAAGUCAAUUAUAGCAACAAAUGAAAUUGCAUUCAAAUAUGAUGAGAUCAAAGACAUUUAGCCAAUGUGGGUAAAGCUGCUACCUGUGGAGCUUUAAUGUGUUCAAGCCUAUUUUAAAGUAUUUUGAUGGCAAGUUUGUCUUGGUAGAAAAAUUGCCUGUCCAAAAGAAAAGAAAAAAAGUCGCCACCUGGAUUUAACUGAGCAAAUAGGUAAGAGUCUUCCAUUGGAUAAUUACUGCAGUGAUGAAUAUGUUUCAGCUGAAACAAUUUAUUUAACCCUAGCUGAUGCAGUGAGGAGCUUCUCAUGUCUUAAACAACCAUGUUGCAAGACAUAACCUGUGGUCAUAAAGAGGAUGUUAAUCUGUUUCAAAAGGGUUAAAUUAUCAUUAUAUUAUUAAGGUAGGUUCCUGCCCAGCAGUAAUGUGUUUUACAUUUCCUAUAUUAGCUUGUACGCUUUAGCAGGGAUAGCUAAGAUAUCCCAAGAGACAUACACAUAAAUGGUGCAAAUUCAACAAGUAAUGUCGUAAUGAAAUGUCUUUUGAGACACAUUUUAAUUUGGUUUCUGCCCAGCAGUAGCCUAGUGUGUUUCACAUUGACAGUAGUGGCUUGUUAGCUUUCGCAAGUUUAAAGAGAUAUAAACACAAAUGCUGCAGACUCAAAAUGCUGAGGAACUUUUAUAUUUUAGUAAUAUUACGUGAACAUCAAAACUAAUGGAAACGUUUCCA